GUCAAAGUCAUGGUGCGCAUUUCUUCCACGCUUGCCAGAGACACAUCCGAGUCCAGCUCUUUCUUAAAAGUUGACCCCCGUAAGAAGCAAAUCACACUGUAUGACCCAUUGGCCUGUGGAGGUCAGAAUGCUUUCCAGAAAAGGGGCAACCAGGUUCCACCCAAGAUGUUUGCUUUCGAUGCAGUUUUCCCCCAAGAUGCAUCACAGGCUGAAGUAUGUGCUGGAACAGUGGCUGAGGUGAUCCAGUCUGUGGUCAAUGGGGCAGAUGGCUGCGUGUUCUGCUUUGGCCAUGCCAAGCUUGGAAAGUCAUACACCAUGAUCGGGAAGGAUGAUUCCAUGCAAAACCUUGGCAUAAUCCCUUGUGCCAUCUCCUGGCUCUUCAAGCUGAUUAAUGAACGCAAAGAGAAGACAGGAGCCCGCUUCUCAGUCCGAAUCUCUGCAGUGGAAGUGUGGGGGAAAGAAGAAAAUCUGAGAGACCUGUUGUCAGAAGUGGCUACAGGCAGCCUGCAAGAUGGCCAGUCCCCAGGUGUCUACCUUUGUGAAGACCCCAUUUGUGGCAUGCAGCUUCAGAAUCAGAGUGAGCUCCGUGCCCCUACAGCAGAGAAGGCUGCGUUCUUCCUCGAUGCCGCCAUCGCCUCGCGUCGCAGCAGCCAGCGGGACUGUGACGAGGAGGAUCACCGCAACUCCCACAUGCUCUUCACUCUGCACAUCUACCAGUACCGCAUGGAGAAGAGUGGCAAAGGCGGAAUGUCUGGAGGUCGCAGCCGCUUGCACCUGAUCGACCUGGGUAGCUGCGUGAAAGUGCUCAGCAAAAACCGGGAGGGAAGCUCUGGCCUCUGUCUCUCAUUGUCAGCGCUGGGGAACGUCAUCCUUGCCCUUGUCAAUGGAAGCAAACAUAUCCCGUACAAAGACAGCAAGCUCACCAUGUUGCUUCGGGAGUCCUUGGGGAAUAUGAACUGCCGCACCACAAUGAUAGCUCACAUUUCAGCUGCUGCGGGGAACUAUGCUGAGACACUGUCCACCAUCCAGAUUGCAUCAAGGGUCCUCAGGAUGAAGAAAAAGAAAACUAAGUAUACAUCAAGUUCUUCUGGAGGAGAGAGCUCUUGUGAGGAGGGCAGGAUGCGGAGGCCAACCCAGCUGAGACCUUUUCAUUCUAGAAACACCGUUGACCCAGACUUCCCUAUUUUGCAUUUAUCAAGUGAUCCUGAUUAUUCGUCCAGCAGUGAGCAGUCGUGUGACACAGUGAUUUACGUUGGCCCCAAUGGCACUGCCCUUUCUGAUAAGGAACUGACAGAUAAUGAGGGUCCCCCUGACUUUGUUCCCAUAGUUCCUGCUCUGCAAAAGACCAAAAACGAGGGCAGGUUGGAGGAAGUUAGUGAAUCAGGGCCCAGCACGUCUGAAAGAGACUGCCUGAAGUGCAACACCUUUGCAGAGCUCCAGGAGAGGCUGGAUUGCAUAGACGGCAGUGAAGAGACCGACAAAUUUCCCUUUGAAGAGAUGCCUGCUCAAUUUAGCUCAGACCAGAUGUCUAAGUGCUCUGUCUCAAGCCAGCUGGCAGAGCUUAGCCACUUACCAGAGUCAGAUAAGGAAGAUACAAUGCCAGAAUGUCAGCAUCCUGAUCGAGAAGCCAAGGAAAAUAUAAAUGCAACACCCAGCAAAACUAAGAGAAAUCACUCCCCUGUUCCUUCUGGAGCUCUCGCUAAUGUUUCGACUCCUUCUUCUCCCAGGAGUGUAACAGGCAGCUCUAGUAAAGAGCUUAGCUCUUGCCAGCUAGCACACAGCACCAGCUUGCAGAGCAGCAGAGAAAGCCUCAACACCUGUGGAUUUGUGGAAGGCAAACCUAGGCCAAUGGGUUCACCCCGGCUUGGCAUUGCGAGCCUCUCAAAGACAUCUGAGUACAAGCCACCAACUUCUCCUUCCCAGAGGUGCAAGGUCUAUACACAGAAAGGAGUCCUGCCCAGCUCUACACCCCCACCAGUUUCCCUGAGUAAGCAUACUGGGAUGACAUCUAGUGAAUCUUUGCUGCAGCCAGAAAUCCGGACCCCACCUGUAGGCAUGAGCCCUCAGAUCAUGAAGAAGUCAGUGUCUUCCAGCAAUGGGGAUUUUGAAGAGACCAUUCUUGAUGAAGAUCAACAACAAAGCAUUUCUUCAGAAUGCAAGAAGGAGAUUCUGAGCACCACCAUGGUGACUGUGCAGCAACCGUUAGAGCUGAAUGGAGAGGAUGAGCUGGUGUUCACCCUUGUAGAAGAGCUAACCAUUAGUGGGGUCCUUGACAAUGGGCGCCCAACCAGUAUUAUCAGUUUCAACAGUGACUGCUCUGUGCAGGCUUUGGCCUCUGGGUCUAGGCCAGUCAGUAUUAUCAGCAGCAUAUCUGAAGAUCUGGAAUGUUACUCCAGUGCAGCUCCUGUGUCUGAAGUCAGCAUCACACAGUUCCUUCCACUUCCAAAGUUGGGUCUGGAUGACAAAUCCCAGGAUGAUGGCAGCAGGCGCUCAUCCAUCAGCUCAUGGUUGAGUGAAAUGAGCACAGGGAGUGAUGGUGAACAGUCGUGCCACAGCUUCAUAGCCCAGGCAUGCUAUGGGCAUGGGGAAGCAAUGGCAGAACCCCCUGUCUCUGAGUUUGCAAGCACCAUACAAAGUGCCAGCAUGAUUUGUGUAAGUGACAAACAGAAGCCAGUGACUGACAACAUGCUUAUACUGUCGGAAAUGGGGGAGGAAGCUUUCGGCAAAGUGCCACCCAUCAAAGGCUGUAAAAUAUCAGCUUUAGGGAAGACUACCGUCACAAUCAAAAACACCGCAAGCCUCAGCAGCUGUGAAGGCUACAUCCCAAUGAAGACAAACAUUACUGUUUAUCCAUGUAUUGCCGUUAAUCCCUUCAAAGCACAAGACACUGAUGCUGUGCCGGCAGUAACUGCAGACCCAAAGGUUGCUCAUCCCCAUGAUACGAAAGAAUCCAAUGCUAAGAAGGAUAUCACGUUUGAAGACCCUUGGCUGAAGAGAGAAGAAGAUAUAAAAAAGGAUAGCUCUGGGGGCAGUGAUGGGCCAAGGCCUGACGUGGCCACAGUUUCAGCCAAGCCCGAACAGAGCACAAAGCAGUCCUCGGCGGACAGGUUCAGUAGCAGCAGCAGCAGCGGGGAUGCCUCUAUCUCCCCAGGAUCUGACAGUCUAAAAAGAAUUGUGGAUGGGUGUGAGGUGGCAGCAGCCGGCUCUACAACCCAAAGUCCUGUUCAUUCCAGUGACGGCUUGAAGAGCAGCAGCCUCCCCCGAGGGCUCCCGAAGGCGAGCAAACUGGAGGAGCCCGACAGUCACCUCCAUCCUACUGCCACCGACAGCAGUGCAGUCGGGUCUCCUGCCCUCCCCCAGUUUUCUAAGGCUAGCCUUGACAAGAAAAUGGCCUCUCCCAAACACUGCGUCCUUGCUCGUCCCAAAGGGACCCCUCCUCUGCCACCAGUGAGAAAGUCAAGCUUGGAUCAGAAGAACAGAGAAAGCCACUACGAGUGUUUGUCGCUGGAAAGAGCGGAAAGCCUGUCCUCUGUGACCUCCAAAAUGAGCCCUGGCAAAGACACCACCAUGCCCAGGGCUGGAAGGAGCCUCAGCCGCAGUGUCAUGUCCUCACCCACCAACUCGGGCCUCUCCCAGUCCGCAGGUGCCUCCCCAAAAGCCAGCCAGUCAAAGAUCUCUGCAGUCAGCAAGCUCCUGCUGGCGAGUCCCAAGGCCCGCAGCCUGUCUGCCUCUGCCACCAAGACGCUCAGCUUCUCAACCAAGUCUUUGCCUCAGUCUGUGGGGCAGAGCUCCAGCUUGCCUCCGAGCGGGAAGAACAUGUCCUGGUCAACGCAGUCCCUCAGCAGAAACCGGGGCUCCAGCCUUGCUUCCAAAUUGCCUCUUCGGGCCGUCAACGGAAGGAUUUCAGAGCUGCUCCAAGGGAGCACUAGUGCCAGGGGCAUACAGCCGCGAGGAAGCUCAGAGGCAGACGAGCGCGGGGGCCUUCCAGGAGAUGAGAAGCCAGCUGUUCACAUGCUGCCUUCACCGUACAGCAAGAUCACCCCUCCUCGGAAACCUCACCGCUGCAGCAGCGGUCACGGGAGCGACAACAGCAGUGUCCUGAGCGGGGAGCUGCCCCCUGCCAUGGGGAAAACAGCCCUUUUCUACCACAGUGGAGGGAGCAGCGGCUACGAGAGCAUGAUGAGGGACAGCGAGGCGACGGGGAGCGCCUCUUCGGCACAGGACUCCAUGAGCGAGAACAGCAGCUCCACGAGCAGCAGGUGCCGAAGUCUCAAAAAUCCAAAGAAGCGAUCAAAUGCAGGUUCACAGAGACGGAGGCUUAUUCCAGCUUUAUCGCUUGAUACCACUUCCCCAGCAAGGAAGACUGCCAACAGCCCCGGGGUCCGUUGGGUGGAUGGGCCCCUGCGAAGUGGGCAGAGGGGGCUGGGAGAGCCCUUUGAGAUCAAGGUCUAUGAGAUAGAUGAUGUUGAGAGGCUCCAGCGGCGACGAGGUGGCGACAGCAAGGAAGUGAUAUGUUUCAAUGCCAAGCUGAAAAUCCUGGAGCAUCGCCAGCAGAGAAUUGCUGAGGUCAAGGCCAAGUACGAGUGGUUAAUGAGAGAACUGGAGGUCACCAAACAGUACCUGAUGCUGGAUCCUAAUAAAUGGCUCAGUGAAUUUGAUCUGGAGCAAGUAUUUGAGCUGGAUUCUCUGGAAUACCUGGAGGCCCUGGAAUGUGUGACUGAGCGUUUGGAAAACCGUGUCAACUUCUGCAAGGCCCAUCUCAUGAUGAUCACCUGUUUUGACAUCACCUCUAGACGCCGAUAAAGAACGAACCUCAAGAGAAUUUCAAUGCACAUCUCUGCCAUCCUCCUUUUCCCUUCUGAAUAGCAUCCCAAAGACAACAGAAUGAGGAUGAAGGUUGGAGUCAAGUCUCAACUGUGUGUAUGAGAGAUUUGCUUUACUAUAUGAAAGAGUAGUAUUAAAAAAAAAACAGGACGAGCAUGAAAAAUGGAGAUAUAAGGUUGUUGAUUCUCUUAGCCUAAAAGAGCACUUUGAGGAACCUUUAAGGACAUGUCUGUAAAUAAGAACUGCUGGCAGAAGACACUUCUUUCCCUGCGUUAGCUGAGGGAGGAGGAAAGGUGGUUGUAGGACUUCCAUUGAGAGGUUCAUUAAAAGAAAACCUAUCCAGAAAAACUGUUUAAGUGCCUUGCAAAUCUUUAUUAUCCAAACAUUUAUGUUCAUACUUUAUUGUGUACAGAUGGUGCUA